AGUGCGGGCGGUGCCGGAGCCGCCGCCGCCGCCAUGGGCCGCUCCGCGGCGGUGCUGCCGCUGACCCUGGCGCUGCUCUCGGCCGCCGCCGCCGCCUGGGACCUGCGGGCACUGCGCUGCAGCUUCACGGCGGACUGCGAGUGCGGCUUCGGGCCCGACCUGCGCGGUUAGGUCUGGAGUGCGAGCUGGCCGUGACCCUGGUGGGGCAGCCCCUGGUGAGGCGGCAGCUGAUGGAGGGACUGAGGCAGUUCCUGGAGAAGCGCAGCCCGGAGAAGCCCCUCGUCAUGUCCUUCCACGGCUCCACCGGGACGGGGAAAACCUUCGUGAGCGCCAUGCUGGUCCGGCACCUCUUCCCCGAGGGGCUGCAGAGCCCCCACGUCCACCAGUUCUCCCCCAUCGUGCACUUCCCGCACGCGGAGCACGUGGAGCGCUAUAAGGAGAACCUGAAGCACUGGAUCCAAGGGAACCUGACCAACUGCGGACGGUCGGUCUUUCUCUUUGAGGAGAUGGACAAGAUGCACCCGGGCCUGAUUGAUGUGAUCAUGCCAUUCCUGGGACCCUCCUGGGUCGUGUAUGGGACCAACUACCGCAAAGCAAUCUUCAUCUUCAUAAGCAAUGCAGGAGGAGAGCAGAUCAAUGAAAUGACACUGGAUCUCUGGCGUGCCCACCAGGACCGGGAGGAGAUCAGCCUGCAGGACAUGGAGGCAGCCAUCUCCAAAGCGGUGUUCGAGAACCCUCAGAGUGGAUUCUGGAGAUCUGGGAUCAUUCACGAACAUCUCAUUGAUUUUGUUGUGCCCUUCCUCCCACUGAAGCGCCACCACGUAAAGCAAUGCGUCAUCAAUGAACUUGUGCAGCAAGGGCUAGAAGUACGUCACGGUGUUGUCCAGGAGGUGGCUGACAGCAUCCCCUACUUCCCAGAAGAAGAGAAAUUAUUUUCAUCAACUGGCUGCAAAACUGUAGCCUCCCGGAUCAGCUUUUUCUUCUAGCCUUGCUCAGAUCCAUAGGGGACGUAUAUGGAGCUGUAAAGCUGCAGACUGGUGGGAUGAGCACCAAGAGCUACAUGUUACCAUGCAGUAGCACAAAUGCUCUCCUGCUGAACUUGUCUUUCCAGCCCUAAGGGCAUUACUGCAGGAUGCAACUGUGGGAGCAAGUGCAAGUGAUUUGAUUUAAAGCACUUAAUCAUUUAUUCUGUGGCCAGGUGAAGGUGGGUAUGCUCAGCCUGGUGCACCGCUCCAGUCGUAUCUGUGAUGAAGAAGGGAAGAUGUCAGGAGAGACUGCAGUGUCAGGGAAGUUUCUUACCCUGUCAGCAGCACCAAUCUGUAGCUCUCUCUUCUGGCAGCUUCUGUUAUCUAAUGCACGAAGAUUCUGAGCCCAAAAAAGAAUAUAUAUAUUUUUUAAAUACAUCAUUUUAGCAUUUUUAAAAGCCAUCUUGUUAAGCAUGGCAGUACCUCAGUUCCUUGGUACAACGUGACAGUGCUGGUGCUGACUGCUGCAUCGCUGGCUGGUGAACACCCUCAACAUUACUGUCAAGUUUUCGUUGCAAGGAAAUCUUUAGAGCCAACUUCUUUCCAGUUUCCUUUCACUGUGAAUAGGUGCUGGUAGGGAGCACCACCAACAACAGGGACAUAAGGGAAAUGGCAAUGCUCAGCCUGCCAAGAACUCAGCUCUCCCUACUUCUUCUGCCCAUCUUUCCCCCAAGGUCCAAAGGAUUUCUCUGCAGCAAACCACAGCAAUGAACAAAACAGGACUUACCUACAAGAAAAAGUUCAGUCCUACCUCCAGGGAGACCAUGGUGCUACUAAUGGUUUUUAAAAACAUUUUUAUUCAGUGGUAAUUUCUACAGCAGGCUGAGGAAUUGGUGCUAUGAGCUCUUGAGCUUCUUUGACAUCCUUCUGCUGGUCAGAUCUUGCAGGCACUGGCUGAACCAGCUCUACUCAGCUUCACAGAAGUGCCACUUAUGUGGGGACCUGAGGACAAGUUAGAGAAGUUUGUACUCCGUGCUGUCAAGCAUGGGGUGUAUGGCACUGCUGGCCUUUGUCCCGUUUUAAUCUCCACAGUCGGUUACUGGAGCACAGGUCAGAGAAUUGUUCAUACUCUGAGAAUGAACUGCCUGAGAGGACUGUAUGAACAGGGACAUUGCUGAAGGUUCCUUAUGUUCCUCGCAUGCCCUGUGCUGAAAUGAGCUGCAAGCACUCAGGACCAUUCCAGCCCUCCUCCACAUCUGCAGCUUUGUGGACAGCCAUUGGAGGAACGGCCUAAAUGCAGCCCGGGAGCUGGUCCACGUACAGACCAUCCUGCCUGCAAAAUGUUAGUAUUCCUAAUUUUAAAAUAAAUCUUUUAUGAAAUAAAUGAUUGAAGAACA